AUGAGUGUUCCCUCUCUCUCUGCCAAUGGGCCCGCCUCUGGCAUCAACCCAGCCCUCAUUGUUCCCGGCCUCCACGUUCCAGGGGCUCCCCUCCACUCACAGGGCCAAUACGGUGUCGACCCGUCUUGUCAGAACAUGUGGACUAUUGUCGAAGCUUGCCAAGAAAAAGAUUCCGAGUCUCAUCUCCGUGUCAACAGAGAUUGCCUGUGUGAAAGAGAUAUCAUCAGCAGCUGGAUCACAUGCCAUAGAUGCUGGGAUCGAGUCACCUAUCAUUCCAAUGGCAAACGUGACUUGGCUUCUUCCCCUUAUCUCAUUGACGACGUCACUCUUUCUCUUGUUCAAAGUCUUUGCGACCGAAGCACAUCGGCCGCGGACCCUCCCGAUGGAGAUGAUUCCGAUCUGGAUGUGUCCGUCAAAUCGGAUACACUCGAAGAACCCGAUGAAUUAGAAUUUGACGAAGAAGAGUCUGACAAUAAGGAGUCAGAUGAGGAGGAAUCCGACAAUGAUGAUUCUGAUGACGACUUUUUUUCAGACGAUGAAGAAUCCGACGAUGAUGAUUCUGAUGAAGAGGACUUUUUUGACGACGAGGAUGAUGAGUCCGAUGAUGAGGAUUUCCACCUCAAAGUAGAAUUCGACAAUGAAAUGUCUAUUGAGGUGGAUUCCAACAAAAAAGCAUAUGAUGAGAAAGACAUCAACAAAGAAGAGUCUGAGGAAGACGAUGUCAAUGAUGAGGACGACAAGGAAGAGGGUAUCGAUGAAGAAGACACCGAUGAAGACCUCAAUGAAAUAGAGUCCGAUGAGGUCCAGCUCUCGGCAGUGAUCUGUGCAGAUGGUGUCUCUCACUCACAUGGCUGCUUGCCUCCGCAAACGAAAAUCAUGUCCGAAGAUUUCGAUCUUGCUUCUGAGAAUUCAAUCGGCGCAAGUCUUGGUCAUUCCCCAGACGAAGCAAUCAUCGUCAACCCAGAGCAUCAAUUGGGCGGAUUCAUCGCCAAAGAGAAACCCGCUCCAAAGGUCCCCACCCGCGACGCUCUUCGUAAUCAAUACAAUGCGAAGAGCAACGCCAACACGCGUGUUGCAAGUGUUGGUCUGGUUGUAUUGGGAUUGCUCGCGGCUUGGGCCAUGUAA